GAUACGCUCUGGGAAUGUUGAUAGUUUCCAAUGAGUGUGUUCUGAGUUCCAGAUGGGCUCCUUGAGGAAACGAGGUGUACUGUUCGCGAGGCCCACCAUUUCGUUUGUUUAUAGUACCGCUGCUUGUGGGUUAGGACCUUGGAGGAAAUAAAGAACAGAACGGAACCGACGAGAAAAGCUGGGAACAGGGCUACAGACUUUGAAAUUUGAGACGGAGGACACGAGAGAGCGAGCGCUCAUCCCUGAUUGGCUCGUGCGUGUUGUCAAGGCUUUACGCAGCUUCUUCAAUUGGUUGAUGUGUGCCGUUGGGACCGCGGCGACGAUUUUGCCCACGUACUUCCGAAAAAAGAGACCGGGUUGUGUCCCGCUGCGCGUGCGCGUAGCCCAGGAGGCCCCACCCGGUAGUUCAAGAACCUGUGUAGGGGCGGGGCGAAGAGGUGCUUGUUUUGGUUGUGUUUCCUUUGAAGCUGAAUCCCGGAACAAGGUAGCAAUAAGCUUGGCUGGACUUGGAGGGAGAAAAAGCUACGACAAGUUCGUCUCUGUACCAUCCUAUUGGACCUCACAUCCGGGAUCUCCUCCGGGUGUGACCUGCGUACGGCCUACGGUUCUUGAACCGGUGUGCCGGUCUCUUUAUCCAGGCCUCGCUGUUCCCAUCGUGCUUCGCGCACAACAGUAGCCCCCUCAUCCGGGUUCUCUCCCGGCGUUCUCCGCGACUGGUUUGCUGUGGGGUACUUGGCGGUGCCGCCAUGACUAUUCUCCCCAAAAAGAAGCCGCCACCUCCCGACACUGACCCGGCCAACGAACCGCCGCCGCCCGGGCCGCUGCCCCCAGCGCCUCGGCGCGGUGGGGGUGUGGGCGUGGGCGGCGGCGGCACGGGCGUGGGUGGAGGAGAACGCGACCGUGACUCCGGCGUCGUGGGGGCUCGUCCCCGGGCUUCACCACCACCUCAGGGCCCACUACCGGGGCCGCCUGGUGCUCUUCAUCGUUGGGCACUAGCCGUGCCGCCUGGUGCAGUGGCGGGCCCUCGGCCACAGCAGGCUUCUCCACCUCCUUGUGGGGGCCCUGGUGGCCCCGGCGGCGGUCCUGGUGACGCUCUUGGUGCGGCAACUGCGGGGGUGGGCGCGGCAGGGGUGGUGGUGGGCGUGGGUGGUGCUGUGGGCGUGGGCGGCUGCUGCUCGGGCCCGGGGCACAGCAAGCGGCGGCGUCAAGCUCCCGGCGUUGGCGCAGUUGGCGGGGGCAGUCCGGAGCGUGAAGAGGUCGGAGCAGGCUACAACAGUGAAGACGAAUAUGAAGCCGCCGCGGCACGAAUCGAGGCCAUGGAUCCUGCCACUGUGGAACAGCAGGAACACUGGUUUGAAAAGGCCUUACGGGACAAGAAAGGCUUCAUCAUCAAACAGAUGAAGGAGGAUGGUGCCUGUUUAUUCCGGGCUGUAGCUGACCAGGUGUAUGGAGACCAGGACAUGCAUGAGGUUGUACGAAAACAUUGCAUGGACUAUCUGAUGAAGAAUGCUGACUACUUCUCCAACUAUGUCACAGAAGACUUCACGACCUAUAUCAAUCGCAAGAGGAAAAACAACUGCCAUGGUAACCACAUUGAGAUGCAGGCUAUGGCAGAGAUGUACAACCGUCCUGUGGAGGUGUAUCAAUACAGCACAGAACCUAUCAACACAUUCCAUGGGAUCCAUCAAAAUGAAGAUGAACCCAUCCGUGUCAGCUACCACCGGAAUAUCCACUAUAAUUCAGUGGUGAAUCCUAACAAGGCCACUAUUGGUGUAGGGCUCGGCCUGCCAUCAUUUAAACCAGGGUUUGCAGAACAGUCCCUGAUGAAGAAUGCCAUAAAGACAUCAGAGGAAUCAUGGAUUGAACAACAAAUGUUGGAAGACAAGAAACGAGCCACAGACUGGGAGGCCACAAAUGAGGCCAUAGAGGAGCAAGUGGCUCGAGAAUCCUACCUGCAAUGGCUGAGGGAUCAGGAGAAACAGGCCCGCCAGGUCCGGGGACCCAGCCAGCCCCGGAAAGCCAGUGCCACAUGCAGUUCAGCCACAGCUGCAGCCUCCAGUGGCCUGGAGGAAUGGACUAGUCGGUCUCCAAGGCAACGAAGUUCAGCCUCGUCACCCGAGCACCCUGAACUGCAUGCUGAGCUAGGCAUUAAGCCCCCUUCCCCAAGCACUGUGUUAGCUCUUGCCAAACCUCCUUCACCCUGUGCACCAGGUACAAGCAGUCAGUUCUCAUCAGGGGCUGACCGGGCCACAUCUCCCCUAGUGUCCCUCUACCCUGCUCUGGAGUGCCGGGCCCUCAUCCAGCAGAUGUCCCCCUCUGCCUUUGCAGGUCUGAACGAUUGGGAUGAUGACGAGAUCUUAGCAUCGGUGCUGGCAGUGUCCCAACAGGAAUACCUAGACAGUAUGAAGAAAAACAAAGUGCACAGAGACCCACCCCCAGACAAGAGUUGAUGGAGACCCAGGGACUGGACACAAUCCCCUGACCCUCCCUCUCACUCCUGCCCUUUGAUGCCACCCAGCCUUCUUUGGCUUUCUUCCGUCUUGGCUUCCUUUGUUCAUUUCCUCUUAUCCUUCUUUUCCACUCCCCUCUGGCUGGCCCACUUAUGCGCUCCAUCCAUCUCAUCCCUGCCACCACCACACUGGUCUCUGCCAGCUGAUGUGCUCUGUUGCCCCCCUGCACAGCACCAUCUCAGCAUUCCACAGGGGACUCUGGAAAGGGUGCCGAAGGUAGGCGAGAGGCACACAGAGACAGACCAUGUGGCAUCCAGGCAGCCCCCGAAAAGAGAGACACUGAGACAAAGGGAGUCUUCUGCUCGCCCUUCCCUACAGAUCAGAAAAACUUGCCGCACCUCUGCCAUAGUGGUGACAGGAAAGGCGGGAGUGGGAAAUUUUCCUUCCUAGUACCCCAAAAAUCUGAGCCUUCCAUAUUAAAUUUUUCUUUAUGAAAUGUA